AUGGCAGCUAAACUCCGGUUUGAUUGCAUAAACAAAAUGGCUGGGUAUGAAGCUUGCAUCAUCGGUCUGAAGAUGGCAAUUGAUAUGAACAUUCACGAGCUUCUGAUGUUGUGCAAAAGAUUUCGCAAGAUUGAAUUCAGGCACACUUCCAGGACAAAAUAUGAGUUGGCCGAUGCUCUGGCCACCAUUACUUCAAUGAUUAAACAUCCGGAUACAAGCUACAUUGAUCCAGUGGAUAUAAAGGUAAAAGAGAAGUCUAUCCAUUGUUCACAUGUUGAAGCAGAACCAGACGGUUUGCCUUGGUAUUUUGACAUAAAGAAGUAG